AUGUCUGAAAUAAGAUCAAUUCUUGUUCCUCAAAAUCGAAGAGCGCCUCUAAGAAAUGCAUGGAAAACCAUUGCUGAGACGCUUACAAAAAAUUUAAAGUUAAUGGUCUGCGUCAAGACAACAAAUAAGGCUUGGAAAGUUAUGUUGAAAAAUUCUCCUGACACCCCUGACCCACAGUAUCUUCAACGAGGCUUUGACUAUGUUUCAGCUUUCAUAAAGGGAUUCAGUCUUCAGGACGCUCUUGCUAUUGUUCGCAUUGAUGGGAUUUACGCAGAGAGCUUUCAUAUCUCUGAUGUUCGACAGCGUAUUCAUGGAGAUCAUGCGGCUCGUGCAAUCGGUCGUAUUUGUGGAUGUAAUGGUCGUAUUCGUCUUUCCAUCGAAAAUGCUACUCGCACCCGCAUUAUUGUUGCUGACCGUAUUAUCCACAUAUUGGGCAGUCAUGAGCGUAUUGCAGUGGCUCGUAAAGCCAUUUGUAAUCUUAUUAUUGGUGCACCUGCAAACAAGAUAUUCGGCCGUAUUCAAAAUCAAACUGCUCGUCUUGAUAACACCUUGUAA